AUGCCUACCUCAUUGACGCGAGCGAUUUUAUUUAAUGCAAGGCAAAGGAAUUUUAUAUUUAAACCUAUCAACAGUCCAUUUAUCAAUCGUCGUUUUUAUGCCUUGGAAGAACGCCAACAAAAUCUUAUAGAAAAAAUUGUCCAAAAAUAUGCACAAGACUUAUCCUCUGGUCAGAAAGUAAAAAGUGGUGAUUUCGUGACAAUUCAACCUGAACACGUAAUGACCCACGACAACACAGCUGCAAGUAUUGGUGCACAAAAAAUUAAAUUUCCGAAGCAAUGCGUAUUCACUAUCGAUCACGAUGUUCAAAAUAAAUCCGAAAAGAAUAUAGCAAAAUACGCGUCCAUUGAAGAAUUUUCCAAACUUCAAAAUGUUGAUUUUUAUCCUGCUGGACGUGGAAUCGGUCAUCAAAUUCUUAUCGAAGAAGGUUACGCGUUUCCGUACACCAUGACUGUAGCGUCUGAUUCUCAUUCUAAUAUGUAUGGCGGAAUUGGAUGUUUGGGAACACCUAUUGUUCGAACUGAUGCUGCUGCGAUUUGGGCUACUGGUAAAACAUGGUGGCAGAUACCUCCUGUUGCGAAUGUAGAAUUUAAAGGGCAGCUACAAGAUGGUGUGACUGGCAAGGAUAUUAUAAUUACUUUGUGUGGAAUGUUUAAUAAUGAUGAGGUAUUAAAUUGUGCGAUUGAAUUUACCGGUGCUGAAAGUAUCCGUGGAAUAGGCUUAGAAGAUAGACUAGCAAUUGCUAAUAUGACUACUGAAUGGGGUGCAUUGGCUGGUGUUUUUCCCGUUGAUGAAAUUACCAUUCAGAUUAAUCAUUCAAGAAUUGAUUAUAUUGAAAAAAAUCCUAUACUAUCAUCUCCGGAUGCAUAUUAUGCAAAACAUUUGACCUUGGACCUUUCAACAGUUUCACCAUAUAUUUCUGGUCCCAAUUCUGUCAAAAUUUCAACAUCCCUUGCUGAACUUGAAAAAAAAAAUAUCAACAUUAAUAAGGCAUACCUUGUAUCAUGUGUUAACUCUCGCGCGGGGGACUUAAAAGCUGCUGCUCAUGUUAUUAAAGGAAAAAAAGUGGCAGAUGGUGUUGAGUUUUAUAUAGCAGCAGCAAGUAGUGAAGUACAAAAAGAUGCAGAAGCAAGUGGUGAUUGGCAAACGCUCGUCAAUGCGGGCGCAAAGACUUUACCUGCUGGACUUGGUACUGGCCUUUUAAAAGAUGGAGAAGUUGGUAUUUCAGCAACUAAUAGGAAUUUUAAAGGUCGAAUGGGAUCUCCAAGUGCGCUAGCCUAUCUUGCUUCCCCAGCUGUUGUUGCUGCUUCUGCUGUAGCUGGAAAGAUCGCUAAUCCAGCUUACCUCUCUACUUCAUCACCACCAACACCAAAAAUAACUUAUACGCUCAACUUUCCUAACGAGUAUAUCGAAAAUUCAACGAUCAGUAAUGAUUCAAUCGUACCAGGAUUCCCAGAUACUAUUAAAGGACAAAUGUUAUUUUGCCCAGCAGAUAAUUUAAAUACAGAUGGAAUUUAUCCUGGCAAAUACACUUAUGUGGAUGAUUUUCCAGUCGAGAAAAUGGCCAAAGUUGUCAUGGAAAAUUAUGAUCCUAAAUUCGCAAGCAUAGUUCUUAAGGGAGACAUUCUGGUUGGAGGAUUUAAUUUUGGGACGGGAUCAUCUCGAGAACAAGCUGCCACUGCAAUUAAAGCUUGUGGCAUAUCGCUUCUUAUAGCUGGCACUUAUUCUCAGACGUUCAAACGGAAUUCGAUAAAUAAUGCCUUGAUUUGCCUUGAAUCUCCUGAACUUGUACAACUUUUAAAAAGUUCUUACAAUAUAGAGGAAAAAACCAUACGCACACGUUUAGAUGUCGAAGUUAAAUUCGCUGAAGGUAAGGUGUUGAUUAAAGGGUUGAAUGGUGUGGAUAAUGAGUUUAGGGUUGGUGUAUUAGGGAAAAGCGUUCAAGAGAUAUGGGUAGCUAAUGGAUUAGAAAAUUGGAUUAAACAAAGAUUGUGA